GAUUGUAUAUAAUUUACUCUCUGGGCAGCGCUUCUGGCACAAUUCGCGCUAUAUUUAGACAUGGUAGACAGAAAGAGGGUCUUAAACGCAAGGUGAGCCCGGAGACAAAACAAAAACACCGCAGGUGCUGGAAAUUUUAAUGGGAAAGUAGUGGAAACAGUCAGCAGGUCAGGCAGCGCCUGUGUGGAGAGAAUCAGUUGACGUUUCAGCCCGGAGACCCAGGGACGGGCGGGCCGGGAAACACAAGCAGAUGAGCGGGGAAGGUGGAUGGAGUCUGUCGCCUCUCUGAGGGAUUCGCCCGACUGACCUUCGCACUGUAGCUGACCCUGUGGCUAAAACCUCUGACCGGAAACGUUAAGCAGCCUUCUCUCCCCGCCGAUGCCGCCCAGCCCGUUGAGUGAUCCUGUUGUGACUCCGGAUUAUUUUCUUCUGCCUUGAGCUCUCUGCUGGGGGGACGGGGGUGGGGGGCGAAUGGGUCUCUGAGCUCUUGUGAAGGUAGACGUGGCCGGCUCUUGCUCCAUCCCACACCGGCACAAACGCAUCUCCUCCGAGAGAUGGGGGAGCUCAGAUGCCGAGAAGUUGAGAUUUUGAACGUAAAUGAAGCGAAGAGGAGUCUCUCGUCUAACAGGCGGCUCGAGGCUCACAUUUUCACCUAGAGAUCACUAGUCUCUUCUCCCGCCUCGUUAGCCCAACCAUUUCUCGCUGGACAUUUCACUCGUUCCCUCUCUGAUGUCCCGCACCUCACCAACACCAACCAGAACUGGUCCUCAGUGCAUUAGUCAUCCGUGCUGAGGUUUCGACUGGGCGCCGCCCACCGUCAGCGGGAGACGUAUAAAAAGAACAGAGCAAUGAAGCGGCGAGACAGACCCGGCAAACGGCGAGAGGCUUUGCCCACAGGGACUGAAAAAGAAAGAGAACGAGAGAGACGGAGAGUGAGGCAGAAAUGACAGCUCUCUCCAGCCACCGGAUGGGUCACCUCGGCUUUUUCGCUUUCCUGAUUGUGUUUUCCUACUUGUUCGUGUCCUCCGCGGUCAGACUAGAUCUUACAGAAGCCAACAAUGUUUCCAAGAUCAAAUUCAAUCCGAGAGGAAACCUCUGGGCCACAGGACACUUUAUGGGAAAGAAGAGCCUGUUGGAUUAUCCAGAUGGAUAUGACGAUACUCUGGGACGACUUCCUCUUACCUCCCCCGAAGACCCCAAGACUAUCGGGAGCCUGCUGAGCCGGAGGAUGCUGGAAAUCGCCCUGGCCCAAGAAGCAAAGGAGAAGCGAGAGAGAUACGGCUCCGAAGCCCAGGAAACAGGACUAAUAACAAAGUUUAUUGAGCGAUAUGGUAAAACUACAAAGAAGUGAUGAACAUCAAGGAAAAUGGUUGGUGAAGAUGUGAGCAAGAUGACCCGAAUGGUGAAUGUGGACAUUUUGUUGUAAUGAUAGUGUAUUUCCAUCACAUAUUCUAUGUAUUGCUUCUGUACACUUAUCCAUAUCUAUUAAAGUGGGAGCGAGGACUGUUCUAUAUUUUUCUGACUUAUUUGCUCUGUUAAAGCACACUUAAUGUAACCACAAGGUUCUGCUUGAUGUGAUAAUAUAAAA